CCUUUGCAUGGGAAUAGUAUCAUUUUCCUAAAUUUGCGAUAAUGGUAUUAUUCAUUUGUCUUUGAUGACUUGCUUUUCUUCUCCGUAAAGUUACCCCAUGAAAAGGAUUAAUGUUCACAGGAUCUUACGUAUGACCGAAAGAAGAUGGAGGAGUGUCUCUGCAGGCACAAGUAGCCGUGGUAGAUGAACAGGGGGGAUAAUACGAUGUGUGGCUGGUAUUGCUACUGUCUAUAUUGAGGUCUCUGUCGACACUUACUUACGUAUACUUAGUGGUAUAAUUCAUCAUUUUCUAUCGAAUAAUCAUGCCCUUUUACCGACGUCGCCGCAGCUGAGUGCUAGACUUCAAGACUCUGUUUCCCAUUUCGGAUGAAUAGGAAUUGAGGGCUAUCAUAGGGACGUCUUCUGAGACUGAAUGGCAUCACGAUCAAAGCACUUUCGGCCGUAAUAGUUUGGACAAGGCCAGAGAUCACGGCUUCUCCCUUGCAAAUCAGAGAAGACCACAAGCUCCGAGAACAUCAGCAACAACAAGAAGCAUUCAGCUGAGGCUCCAAUCGAUCGCAGGGGAGAACGAUUAGGACACAUGAUCCACGACCUGCGAAACGAAGUUUACUGCAUCAACCACCAAGAAUAUCUUGCUGGCAACGCAUGAGCACAGUUCGAGGCAUUGAUCCCAACUUACGCGGUUUUUGAAGACACAGCCUAGUGCAGAUAACUUACGACCUCAAAAUGACUACGAACGAUGUUUAGAUACAUUCGUAGUCAUUCGGCCGGUGUGAUAUGUUGUACGAAUAUUGCAUUGACAUGCCAAAAACAUACGAAGCUCCCAAACUAUCUAUAAUCAAAAACUUACUCUGCAAGUGAAGCAAAUCAUGCAUUGAAUACAAGUUGAUGCUAUCCAAAGGGCUUCUUCCGCUAGAGGAUUAGUA